CUCUCUGUCUCUCUCUCUCUCUCUCUCUCUCUCUAAAAGGGGCUUGCUGCUCCAGAUCUAAGCGGCUUCCAAAACCACCGGCAGUUUUCCAAUACCGCUUUCGGUUUUGAAACCUCUGCUUUCUGGUCCUGUUCCUCUCCUCUGCAGAUCCGACGGUGGGGAACCGUCGAUCCAGGCACCAUGGCUGCCGCCAACGCUCCGAUCACGAUGAAAGAGGCCCUGACGUUGACAAGUCUCGGAAUAAACCCGCAAUUCAUCACGUUCACGCAUGUUACAAUGGAAUCUGAAAAGUACAUAUGCGUCCGAGAAACUGCGCCCCAGAAUAGUGUCGUGAUCAUUGAUAUGAGCAUGCCGAUGCAGCCGUUGAGAAGGCCAAUCACUGCAGACUCCGCUUUGAUGAAUCCCAAUACCCGAAUUCUUGCUCUGAAAGCUCAACUUCCGGGAACCACUCAGGACCACCUUCAAAUAUUCAACAUUGAGAUGAAAGCAAAAAUGAAAUCGCAUCAGAUGCCUGAGCAGGUUGCCUUUUGGAAGUGGAUUACCCCCAAGAUGUUGGGUUUGGUGACACAAACCUCUGUGUAUCAUUGGUCAAUUGAAGGUGACUCGGAGCCUGUAAAGGUGUUUGAUAGAACAGCUAAUUUGACAAACAAUCAAAUAAUUAACUAUCGAUGUGAUCCCUCUGAGAAGUGGUUGGUUCUGAUCGGAAUUGCUCCGGGCUCACCUGAGAGGCCACAACUGGUCAAAGGAAACAUGCAGCUUUUUUCUGUGGAUCAGCAGCGUAGUCAAGCUCUUGAAGCUCAUGCUGCAUCAUUUGCAUCAUUUAAAGUUGCUGGAAAUGAAAACCCUUCGACUCUUAUUUGCUUUGCAUCAAAGACUACCAAUGCAGGACAGAUUACAUCGAAGUUACAUGUGAUUGAACUUGGUGCCCAACCAGGUAAGCCUGGUUUUACAAAGAAACAAGCAGAUCUUUUCUUCCCUCCGGACUUUGCUGAUGAUUUCCCAGUGGCAAUGCAGAUAUCCAAUAAGUACAGCCUGAUAUAUGUGAUCACAAAGCUUGGGCUUCUAUUUGUGUAUGACUUGGAGACCACUACAGCAGUUUACAGAAAUCGAAUCAGUCCAGAUGCUAUAUUUUUGACAGCAGAAGCUUCAUCUGUAGGAGGCUUCUAUGCUGUCAAUAGGCGAGGGCAAGUGUUACUUGCAACUGUCAACGAAGUGACACUUGUGCCUUUCGUUAGUGGCCAAUUAAACAAUCUGGAGCUUGCUAUUAAUCUUGCCAAAAGAGGAAACCUUCCGGGGGCUGAGAAUUUGGUUGUCCAGCGGUUCCAAGAAUUAUUCUCUCAGACAAAAUACAAGGAGGCUGCAGAGCUGGCAGCAGAAUCUCCACAGGGCAUCCUCCGUACUCCCGACACUGUUGCCAAAUUUCAGAGUGUUCCUGUGCAAGCUGGACAAACACCACCAUUGUUGCAGUACUUUGGGACAUUGUUAACCAGGGGAAAACUCAAUGCUUUCGAGUCCUUGGAAUUAUCUCGCCUGGUUGUGAAUCAGAAUAAAAAGAAUCUUUUGGAGAAUUGGUUGGCUGAGGACAAGCUUGAGUGCAGCGAAGAACUUGGGGAUCUUGUGAAGACCGUGGACAAUGACCUUGCUCUGAAAAUAUAUAUCAAAGCAAGGGCUACUCCAAAAGUUGUUGCAGCUUUUGCUGAACGAAGGGAAUUCGAUAAAAUUCUAAUUUACUCGAAGCAGGUUGGAUACACACCUGAUUAUCUUUUCCUUCUGCAAACAAUUCUGCGCUCUGAUCCCCAGGGAGCAGUUAAUUUUGCUCUCAUGAUGUCACAAAUGGAGGGAGGUUGUCCUGUCGACUACAACACUAUCACAGAUCUCUUCCUUCAGAGGAACAUGAUACGAGAGGCAACGGCCUUCUUAUUAGAUGUUUUGAAGCCAAAUUUACCAGAACAUGCUUACCUCCAAACCAAGGUCUUGGAGAUAAAUCUUGUGACAUUUCCAAACGUAGCAGAUGCUAUCUUAGCUAAUGGAAUGUUUAGUCACUAUGACCGUCCUCGCAUCGGGCAGCUAUGUGAAAAAGCUGGCUUGUAUGUGCGUGCCCUUCAGCAUUACACUGAGUUGCCUGAUAUUAAGCGUGUGAUUGUGAACACUCAUGCCAUUGAGCCACAGUCACUCGUGGAGUUUUUUGGGACCCUUUCCCGAGAAUGGGCACUAGAAUGCAUGAAAGACCUUUUGCUGGUUAAUCUGAGAGGAAAUCUUCAGAUAAUUGUGCAGACUGCCAAAGAAUAUUCUGAGCAGUUGGGUGUGGAUGCUUGCAUAAAACUCUUUGAACAGUUCAAGUCAUAUGAGGGACUAUACUUCUUCUUGGGAUCAUAUCUGAGCUCUAGUGAAGAUCCAGAUAUACACUUCAAGUACAUUGAGGCAGCUGCUAAAACUGGACAGAUAAAAGAGGUUGAGCGAGUGACGAGAGAAUCAAACUUCUAUGACCCUGAGAAGACAAAGAACUUUCUAAUGGAAGCCAAGCUCCCUGAUGCACGACCCCUCAUAAAUGUUUGUGACCGUUUUGGUUUUGUUCCGGAUCUUACACACUACUUGUACUCAAACAACAUGCUUCGAUAUAUUGAAGGCUAUGUGCAGAAAGUGAACCCAGGAAAUGCACCUCUAGUUGUGGGGCAGUUGCUAGAUGAUGAGUGUCCUGAAGAUUUCAUCAAAGGCCUCAUUCUUUCUGUCCGUUCUCUCCUUCCAGUGGAGCCCCUUGUGGAUGAAUGUGAGAAGAGGAAUCGACUUCGUUUGCUCACACAGUUUUUAGAGCAUCUCGUCAGUGAGGGUAGCCAAGAUGUCCAUGUUCACAAUGCUCUGGGUAAAAUAAUCAUUGACAGCAACAACAAUCCAGAGCAUUUUCUCACCACUAACCCUUACUAUGAUUCACGUGUUGUGGGUAAAUACUGCGAGAAACGGGACCCUACACUUGCAGUCGUUGCUUACCGGAGAGGACAGUGUGAUGAAGAGCUUAUCAAUGUCACAAAUAAAAACUCUCUGUUUAAACUGCAGGCCAGAUAUGUUGUGGAGAGGAUGGAUUCAGACCUGUGGGAAAAAGUUCUUAGCCCUGAUAAUGAAUAUAGAAGACAGCUUAUUGAUCAAGUUGUGUCUACUGCCUUGCCUGAAAGCAAGAGCCCUGAGCAAGUUUCUGCAGCUGUUAAAGCUUUCAUGACUGCUGAUCUUCCACACGAACUUAUUGAGCUUCUUGAGAAGAUUGUGCUUCAAAAUUCUGCCUUCAGUGGGAACUUCAAUCUGCAAAACCUGCUGAUACUAACAGCUAUCAAGGCAGAUCCUUCAAGGGUCAUGGACUACAUAAAUAGGCUCGAUAACUUUGAUGGACCUGCAGUCGGGGAGGUAGCUGUAGAAGCCCAACUGUAUGAAGAAGCCUUUGCCAUCUUCAAAAAGUUCAACUUGAAUGUACAGGCAGUGAAUGUCCUGUUGGAUAACAUUCGAAGCAUAGAACGAGCAGUGGAGUUUGCAUUCCGUGUUGAAGAGGAUGCUGUUUGGAGCCAGGUGGCAAAGGCCCAACUCAGGGAGGGCCUAGUUAGCGAUGCCAUUGAGUCCUUUAUUCGUGCAGAUGAUGCCACUCAGUUCUUAGAUGUCAUUCGGUGUGCCGAGGAUGCGAAUGUAUACCAUGACUUGGUGAGGUACUUAUUGAUGGUUCGGCAGAAAACCAAAGAGCCCAAAGUGGACAGCGAGCUCAUCUAUGCAUACGCGAAGAUCGAUAGGCUGGGCGAUAUUGAAGAAUUCAUUCUUAUGCCAAAUGUUGCUAAUCUUCAAAAUGUUGGGGAUCGCCUGUACGAUGAAGCCCUGUAUGAGGCUGCAAAGAUCAUAUAUGCAUUUAUAUCCAACUGGGCGAAGCUGGCUGUUACUCUUGUGAAGUUGAAGCAAUUCCAGGGUGCGGUUGAUGCAGCUCGGAAGGCGAACAACUCAAAGACGUGGAAGGAAGUAUGUUUUGCCUGUGUUGAUGCUGAGGAGUUCCGUCUUGCACAGAUAUGUGGUCUCAACAUCAUUAUACAGGUGGAUGAUUUGGAGGAGGUUAGUGAUUACUAUCAGAAUAGAGGAUGCUUCAAUGAGCUGAUCUCUCUCAUGGAGAGUGGGCUUGGGCUGGAACGUGCACACAUGGGGAUCUUUACAGAGUUGGGCGUCUUGUAUGCUAGAUACCGUUCAGAGAAACUUAUGGAGCACAUCAAACUAUUCUCAACCCGUCUCAACAUCCCCAAGCUUAUACGAGCUUGUGAUGAGCAACAACACUGGAAGGAGCUUACCUAUCUGUACAUCCAGUACGAUGAGUUUGACAAUGCUGCAAGUACAAUCAUGAACCAUUCUCCGGAGGCGUGGGACCACAUGCAGUUCAAAGAUGUUGCAGUGAAGGUUGCAAAUGUCGAGCUUUCCUACAAAGCAGUGCACUUCUACUUGCAGGAACAUCCCGACCUCAUCAAUGAUCUUCUCAAUGUUCUUGCACUUCGUGUGGACCAUACCCGUGUGGUAGACAUAAUGCGGAAGGCUGGUCAUCUCCAUAUUGUGAAGCCGUACAUGGUUGCAGUACAAAGCAACAAUGUUUCUGCUGUAAAUGAGGCUUUGAAUGAAAUCUACAUUGAGGAGGAAGACUACGAUAGGCUGCGAGAGUCAAUCGAUAUGCAUGAUAACUUUGAUCAGAUAGGACUUGCACAGAAGAUUGAGAAACAUGAGCUUCUUGAGAUGAGGCGCAUUGCGGCUUAUAUUUAUAAGAAAGCAGGGAGAUGGAAGCAAUCCAUUGCAUUGUCUAAGAAAGACAAUCAUUACAGAGAUGCCAUGGAGACGUGCUCCCAGUCUGGUGAUCGUGAGCUUUCUGAGGAGUUGCUCGUUUAUUUCAUUGAACAGGGAAAGAAGGAAUGCUUUGCUUCAUGCCUUUUCACUUGUUACGAUUUGAUCCGGCCAGAUGUUGCUCUCGAAUUGGCCUGGAUGAACAAUAUGGUCGACUUUGCUUUCCCAUACCUCCUGCAGUUUCUCCGCGAGUACACAAGCAAAGUGGAUGAACUUGUGAAAGACAAGAUCGAUUCACUCAGUGAAGUGAGAGCUAAAGAGAAGGAAGAGAAGGACAUAGCUGCCCAGCAGAAUAUGUAUGCACAGUUGCUCCCUCUUGCUUUGCCCGCACCGCCCAUGCCGAGUAUGGGAGGUGGUUAUGGGGGCCCACCACCCAUGGGCAGUAUGGGGAUGCCUCCAAUGCCACCAUUUGGCAUGCCUCCAAUGCCCCAGAUGGGAGGUUACUGAUCUCAUUGGAAUGUACGGGUGACAAGGCUCCGGUUGUGCUGGCAGGUGAUGGGAUUCUUUUUUUCUUUUUUUUUUUGGUGGAUGGCAGAAUGUGGUCUCGGUUCCAAAUAAACCCUCUUUUUUGGUGUUAUUUUUAUGUAGGUGUGUUUGUUUCUCCUUAAUAUUCUUUUGGUAGUAGGCCAUUCUUUUUGCCGCCGUUGAGGCUGAGCUGAGUGAUUUCUGUCUGUGUGGGCUGGACUGACAUUCAUUUGGUGAGAAUCGGUUAGAUGUUGUGAUUGGUGCACUGUGGUUGCAUAUGUGGUGGACACGUGUCAUGGCCCGCCCGAUUAUGUUGAUUAGAGAACCCCUUUUUGUCUGUUCUAGUUAAAAUCUGUAUUAAUAGAGUUGUAGUUUCAAUCAAAAUCCUGUGUGGCUUUUGUUA